GUGGAGAAGGAGAGAGCGCACGGAGAGAGAAGCAGAGCUUAGUGGCGAGGCAGCAGUGCCGCUGAGUGAAGGGACCCCGUGGCUGUUUCCACCGCCGAGCUCUUCUCACAGCUUAACCUGCGCCUUUUCACACGGACUCCGACACCGGGACUAGAGGCUAUACACUCACCCAUCUUUUGGUUUUGGACUCGUUUGAUUAAUCAGCAGACCCUGAGGUGGAGGGGGGGUUCUCAUCGCCCCCGCCGUGGACCGAGGAGUUGUGUGUGUUUAUGUGUUUUACGCGUUGCUUGUAAUGGGGAAAAGUGGACAGAGAAGUGGAAUAGGACACGGGGGUUUCGGCUUGGUGAGGAUGUGCGCCACGCCGGGGAUCCUGCUCCUCCUGCUGCUUGCACACCGAGGAGUCGCCCAAGUGAGAGAUGAUGAUGAUUUCCUGAGUCUGAGCGAGCUCCCAGAAACCUUCCCCUCCGACCCUCCGGAGCCCUUACCUCACUUCCUGUUUGAACCGGAGGAAGGCUACAUCGUCAAAAAUAAACCCGUCAAUCUCUACUGCAAAGCAACACCCGCCACGCAGAUUUAUUUCAAAUGCAACAGCGAAUGGGUCCAUCAGAAGGACCACACCGUCGAGGAGCGAGUGGACGAAAACUCAGGUCUGGUGGUGAGAGAAGCCAGUAUAGAAAUUACACGGCAGCAGGUCGAGGAGCUGUUUGGCCCUGAAGAUUUCUGGUGUCAGUGUGUGGCCUGGAGCUCCGCUGGAACGACCAAAAGCCGAAAGGCACACGUCCGUAUUGCAUACCUGAAGAAGUCAUUUGAACAGGAACCCCUGGGAAAGGAAGUAACUCUGGAGCAGGAAGUCCUGUUGCAGUGUCGCCCUCCGGAGGGCAUACCAGCAGCUGAGGUGGAGUGGUUGAAGAACGAAGAGAUAAUUGACCCGGCAGAGGACAGAAACUUUUACAUCACCAUCGACCACAACCUGAUCAUCAAACAGGCCCGUCUGUCGGACACAGCCAACUACACCUGCGUGGCUAAGAACAUCGUGGCCAAAAGACGAAGCACUACAGCGACGAUUAUUGUUUACGUAAACGGUGGUUGGUCCACGUGGACGGAGUGGUCUGUGUGCAACAGCCGUUGUGGGCGGGGCUUCCAGAAACGAACCCGCAGCUGCACUAACCCCGCCCCUCUGAACGGAGGACUGCCUUGUGAUGGACAGGCCAUUCAGAAACUGGCCUGUACCACACUGUGCACCGUGGACGGUGUGUGGACAGACUGGAGCAAGUGGUCGGCCUGUGGGACAGAGUGUACCCAGUGGAGGAGGAGGGAGUGCAACAACCCAGCACCUAAAAACGGAGGAAAGGACUGUGAUGGGCUGGUUCUCCUGUCUCAGAACUGUACCGAUGGACUCUGUAUGCAAAGUUCAUUGUUUCAGCUGUCCACUGAGACCAAAGCAAAGAGUGAUAUGGGAGUCCCAUCUGCUCCGAGUACAGAUGAUGUAGCGCUCUACGUGGGCAUUGUCAUCGCAGUGAUUAUGUGCCUCGUCAUCUCUGUCAUCGUGGCACUCUUCGUCUACCGCAAGACACACCGUGACUUUGACUCGGACAUCAUCGACACCUCAGCACUAAAUGGAGGCUUCCAGUCUGUGAAUAUCAAAACAGCCAGAUCAGCUGAUCUACUGACGGCUCCUCCUGACUUGACAAAUGCAGCUGCCAUGUAUCGAGGUCCAGUGUACGCUCUCCAUGAUGUCUCGGAUAAAAUCCCAAUGACCAACUCCCCUCUGCUGGAUCCUCUUCCCAACCUAAAGAUCAAAGUGUACAAUUCUUCUGGUCUGGUCACACCACAGGAUGACCUCGGGGGGGACUUCACAUCCAAACUGUCUCCUAAGGUAACUCAGUCUCUGUUGGAUAACAGCGACACCAUGAACCUUCGCAACCAGAGCUUGGCCCGAACACGGGACCCUUCCUGUACCGCUCACGGAUCCUUCAACAACCAGGGAGGACACCUCAUUGUAGCCAACUCUGGUGUGAGUCUGCUGGUUCCAGCGGGGGCUGUUCCUCAGGGGAGGGUCUACGAGAUGUAUGUGACUGUGCACAGGAAGGACAGCUUGAGACCCCCAGUAGAGGACAUCCAGACGGUGCUGAGUCCGGUGGUGAGUUGUGGACCUCCAGGAGCCCUGCUGACCAGACCGAUAAUCCUCACCAUCCACCACUGUGCCGACAACGUCCAGGAAGACUGGCUCAUACAGCUGAGGAACCAACUGGCCAUGGGAGAGUGGGAGGAUGUGGUUAUAGUGGGAGAGGAAAACUUCACCACCCCCUGCUAUGUGCAGAUGGAGUCUGAGGCAUGUCACAUACUCACAGAGACACUGGGGACAUACUGCCUGGUGGGGCAGUCAAUCUGCAAGGCAGCCGCCAAGAGGCUCAAACUGGCUGUUUUUGGACCCGUCUGCUGCACCACUUUGGACUAUCACAUCAGGGUCUAUUGCCUGGAUGACACACAGGAUUCACUCAAGGAGGUUCUUCAGAUGGAGAUCCAGAUGGGAGGGAAGCUUCUGGAUGAACCAAAGACCCUGAACUUUAAAGACAGCACACACAAUCUGAGACUGUCAAUCCACGACGUGCCCCACACACACUGGAAGAGCAAACUCAUCGCAAAGUAUCAGGAGAUCCCGUUCUAUCAGGUGUGGAGCGGCAGUCAGAGAACUCUUCACUGUACCUUCACCCUGGAGAGACUGAGCCCAGCCACCACAGAGAUCAGCUGUAAACUGUGCGUGCGGCAGGUGGAGGGAGAGGGACAGAUCUUUCAGCUCAGCAGCACGUUGGAGGAGGAUCUCCAGUGCAUAGACACGUCCCUGAUGGACCCUGCCAGUAAUAUCACCACCUUAGUGGGACCCAAUGCUUUCCGUAUUCCCUUAUCCAUCAGACAGAAGCUGUGUGGCAGUCUGGAUGCACCGCAGACCAGAGGCAAUGACUGGAGGUUGCUGGCCCACAAACUCAACCUUGACAGGUAUCUGAACUACUUUGCCACCAAGUCCAGUCCCACAGGAGUGAUCCUGGAUCUGUGGGAGGCCCAGCACUUCCCCGAUGGAGACCUAAACGAACUGGCCGCUGUGCUGGAGGAGAUGGGCCGCCAUGACGGCAGCUUCUCCAUGACAACAGAACAUUGAAGGAGCAACGUAAAUACCUUGAGAAUGACAGAACUCUGAAGACGAUUACACGUGAUUCCCCACGGUCGAUGCUGCAGCGAUGGAGAUUGAGCAACAAUGGCUAGAAAUGUUCAACCUGAUGCUGAAGACUGUGUGUAUCUGUGUGUUUAUAUGACCAGCGUUGGAGUGUUGUGUGUGACCGAGGGGUGACAUAACCCAACAAAAAACAAAGUAUAUCAGGAACAAACAAAACAUACACACGCCUGAAAAAAAGAUCUUGUCUGGUGUAACACUAGUUGUUUUCUUGCUGUUACUUUAGUGAAGAAAGAGAAGCGGCAGUGGAGGUACUGACCUUGAAGCCUUUAUCCAUUCUAUAGGAAUGGAACAGAAUCAUAAAUGGAGAGAAGCUAAACUGAUUACAAAAGAGUGGGUGAAGGUAGAGCGAGGAAAACAAGGAGUGAGUCUGAGAGGACACUCUUUAGUUAGAUAAGAGUAAACACAUGGAGAGGCUAAACUGAUUACAAAGGGAGGGAGGACGUUAACAUGAAAUGAUGGCUGCAGGUGAUCUUCUGUACCAACAGGAUGGAGAACAGAUAAUGAGAGGGGAGAUAAAGAAGUGAUCCCUCACCACCUGUGAGCCUUGGCUCUACAUGUUUCGCCGGUACAGUUUGUUGUCUUUAUAUCGUUUCCUAGGGAACGUUUUAUGUAUUCUGCUGUCCAUACAGUAUGUGGAUCAUUUCCCGCUAACAGAAUGUGUUACCAAGUGACUCUCAAUCAAAGGGUCCUCACCAGAAACAAGCCGGGCACUUCAGGGUUCUCCAUCUUUGGCUGACAUAACAAGUUAUACAUUCGGUAUCCAGUGUGAGGCUUUCGUCCAAAGUGCAUGGAGAUAUGACAUCAUCUUAGUAACAGGGAGUCUAGACGACAUAGUCGAAGCAACUUAACUUGUUGUCCACUUGCCUUUUAAACGUAAUGUAUUAUUAAAGGCAAUCCAAAGAUGAUUACAAUCCAGAUGGAUGCAAGUAACAUGGAUGCUUGUUUCAGACUUGUGAAACUGUCUUUCUUUAGGCAUAGUUAAUAUCGCACUUAUGAUAAACAGAUACACAGGGCGAAGAUACAGACUGUAUGAACAGUAUAGUAUUUUAUAAUGUUUGUGUGAAAGAGACAGGUUUCUGUACCUUUUUGAAGGUUUCACUAUGAGCAUGAGAGCUGGAAUGAUCUUCUAGCUACAUGCAUCCCUUAAAUAAAAUCACGCCUUUACUAGUUUUCUAAAGUGUCCCUUUUGCCCCAAAGACGAGUUGUUUGGACGAAGCUGUAGUGCAGAUGCAGACAAGCUGCCGGCUAGGGAAUUCCAGCCAUGGCUACCACAUGUGGUUAACCACAACCUCAGUUGGAGAAGUCUCUCUGAACGACUAUCAGGCUUGUUUCUGGACAGGGUCCAACUCAGAGAAAACUGAGAGGGAGCUAAAAGUGUAUUAAAAUACAAAUAUACAAACUACCAGAGUAGUAAUGGAUUAAAUACAGUUGAUAUCACUCAUUAUCGCUAAAUAUACACAAUAUACUUUUUAUCAAUCAUGUUUUAAUUUACUAAUAUAUAUAUAUAACAUAUAUAUUUCUGUCAUAUUUGCGGCGUCAGUUGUGUUGUCUGCCUUCAGGGUGUUUUGUGAUGAUUUCACUUGUGAGCUGAUCAUGGUCACUAGCACCCUCCAGUGGAUUUGGAAGAAUAACAGCAUUUACAUUUGCGAUUGUCUGAAACGUGUAAAUACAUGAUUAUCAUGUUCAAUCUAAUGACCUUUAUUGCCAUAAUAUUAUUUUGUGUUACUUACAUUAACAUUGUUUUUCAUUUUUUAUGCCAUUUUAUUGUUUUUAUGGGUGUGAACUGUAUGGGGGGAUAACAUCUGUAACAUAUCAGUUAGUUGCCCUUUAUCUAAAAUAAUGUUCUGCAGCAACUAACAUUCCAACUCAUGGUGUUUUUGUUGAAAAAGUUGCAAAUUAGAGCUUAAGAUCAAGAUAUCAACUAAAGGGGAUGACUGUAUGUAAUAUAAAGUGUAAUAUUUUUGUGUUUUGCAUAACAUUGUGAAGCAAGGCUGGCUUUUUAAUGUAUGCAUAUACUUGGGUCAACAGUGUCUGAAGAAAUGGUAAAAAAAAAACAGCCUUAUUUUGAGUGGCUUUUAAGUAGAUUUCUUAUGCCCCUGGGGACACGAACCAUAUGGACCAUGUUAAAGACAACAUGAACAUUCAGUUCAAAGGGAAUACAGGUAAAAUCUAUGAAUCUGAAGUAUGGAGAGACGCCAUAUGAAACUGAACAUCAGGUAUGUAGAGGAGAUACUUAGGAGGAUAUGUUAAAGGAAAGAGGGCAAAGGCUGAGUAAAUAUCAGUACAAAAGGUCAGAUGUUUAUCUUUUUAUGGCGCAUUAUUUUCUGGUCGCUGUCCACACAGGAAGAAACCUUUAGAUAUUGAUUUUACAUGGCGAUUUUUUUUUUUUAAAUAUGCUUGUAAAAAAUAUGACCUUUUGUAUUGUUGUUCAGGCUAGCCCUCAAAAUUGAUGAGUCUUUUAUUUUGGACAGCCUUAUCAUUCAAUUUAGAAACGGUUCAUGGUUAAAUGAUGGCGUGGAUGUUUUGUAUGUUUUCAAAUGUAACUGCCGAUGUCAGAAAACAAAGGGAAGAGUUAUGUUAGUUUUGAGGAUAAAAGUCUAAACAUUAAGUUUCCUUCAGAAGAAAAUAUGCAGACAAAAGUCAUGACAGUAUCUCUGUUUGAUCAUCAACAUUGCUUAUUUAGUCAAAUGCAGAAUACAUGCUGAUGAACGUGCGCAAGGACACGAUGGUCAGAUGUAAGAAACGUGUUACUGUGUAACUUGGCCCAUAAUCAGAACCUCACCACGUAAUCAAUCUACGGUUUACAGCAGGUCAGACUGUUUGUUAAGGGGGGAUUUCAUGAGGAAAGCAUACGUUGGGCCUCUAGAAGGCGAUCCUUGAUGUUGAAAGGAAAACAAGUAGUGUUAAGAUAUCAAAGUAUUUACAAAAUAUUUUGUAUUGACAUCAUGUACAGUUGUGUACUGUCAGCUAUAUUUGGCAAAUUUGAGAAUUCAAAAUAAUAGCAGGACAGUUAGAUUUUAGUUUCUAUGUUUCAAGUUUUGUAUUUAAGUUUCUUUCCUUUUUCGUAAAAGCAGUGUCUACUAUGCAAAUUUGGCAUUGGUUAUCAUGAUAGAAGUCUAUUCCUAGAGCUGUGCUUGUACAGUAAGUGCAUUUUUAUUUUACUAUAAGGGAUGAUCUGAUUAUUGCGGGGUAGUGUUGGUCCAUUUUGCUAUUUCUGGCACGCUUCAUGAAUCUUGCUCAAUCUUGUUGAAUGCUCGCCUCUCUAUCUCCUCUAAUUGUUUUCUGUACAAAGUGUAAGAAAGAAUUUUUAAGACAAUUAAUAAAUUAUAUUUAUAAGCAACGCU